GUUGCAGGGGCAGCAGUCUCCAUGACCGCCACCCAAAUCAUACUGCACCGUACCUGUACAUCGUGAACCUUCCUGUAGGUGGUGAGUCCACUGGAAGGUACCAACCACCCUAACUGGGAUUCAAUCUUGCCCAGGAGGUGAACCCUGGUGUUCCACACCAAUGACAGAGGCAUUGCUUCUGGGCCAAAGCGCCACUAAAACAAGGUCCAGAUAAGCAAAAGGUAUUGCCGGAAUUGUGGUGACUGUUAGUACGGAUAGCGUGACUGGGGCCUGUCAUCUGACUCUUUCCUGUUAGUACGAGAGAAAAAAAAGUUUUGAAGCCCCACCCUCUGACUGUCAGCGCACACGUACGAGUGGUUCGAGGUGCUGUGGAGCGAGCGAGCACUGAGGACGACAAGUCUGUGGUGCUGCUGAGUUUAAACACGGACUGUGAGGACGGAAACACGGAGCUGGAGCUGGAGCAGGCCAUGCGCUUAAAUUCGGUGGGAAACUAAUGGAAUUUAUUUGAAAGAGUUUCUACUCGGGCCCCUAUCUGUGGAAAGUAAACUCCAGCCGCUUUGGAUACAGCUCUUCCUGUUCCAAAAGUAGUUUUAUCCUGUUUUAUUCAUGUCACUACUUCUAAUAAGGACCGUCAUUAUGGACAGUAUCACACAGCGACACUCGGGACUUCCUACAGGAAUAUUUCAAAGUUAUGGCCCGGCGUGUUAAUUUGGACGUUGGAGUCUAAUAAUGGUAGCGGUCAGCUCUGAAAGUUUGUCGUAAAACACUGGUUGGCCGGACUGAGUGCUCCUUUCCUGCCAUUCUUCCCCACUCCUCUGCGCUUCCUGCUUGGAGUGGCCACAGCUCUUAAUGGCUAAAAAUACAUAAAACUCAAAAUGAACUGCGAAACGCUGUGGGAAGCCGGACUUAGGAGCUGCACUUGCGACAAUUAAAGUAAUUCUACAGCAAUCUCCUGCCCGUUUUUAUUUUUGUCUUUAAACUUUGGCUUUUGAGAGUCGCAACUAAACAGGUGGCAAUUUUGAAUGAGGGAAGCAAAGUGCCCGUUCGCCCAUAAUGAGGUGAUUCGAAAACCUCUCAAGUACAGGCCGGUGGAAUGAUAUUGUGCUCAAACCAUGUGUUGGGAAACCACACACCACAUCACUUACAGGGAGAAAUUCAGUGGAGACAGCACUGCCUUUCUGAACUUUGAUAGACUCGGAUAUAAUCAAGGAAGAGGAGACUGUUGGCUGUGUCUGCAUCUUCAAAUGUAGGCCUUUGCAUCUCGUGUGAAGACUAACCAGAGAUACUGAACUGUUUGCUUGUAUUUUCCUGGAGCCAAGUUGUUGGUCAGUCUUUUGAAUACAUUUCACUGGUCCCUGAUGAACCAACAAGAAAGACAGGAAAGGGAGCGAGGCGCAAUAAAGUACUCCUUUGUACUUUAUUUUCAAACCCCUGGGCUGCUAAAUCAGAUCCAUUUAAAACAACUGCUUGAGGCUCCAUGGAGCCACUGAAGAACAUAUUCAGUCGUGGCCCACUGUCCAACUGGAAAAACUUGGAACAAUCACAAAAAGGGAACUUUGCCAAUCCUGUGUGGACGGCCUUGUACGACUACGAGGCGUCCUGUAAAGAUGAGCUCACGUUGCGUAAAGGGGACCUGGUGGAAGUCCUCUCUCUGGACUCUGAGAUAUCAGGAGAUGAGGGAUGGUGGGCUGGGAAGGUCAACAACAAGGUCGGCAUCUUCCCUUCCAACUAUGGCUCUUUCAAGCCAAGUGGCUAUGGGAAGCUACCAGUCAGCAACGUUGCUGGCGAUCUUGGGCCGGCCAUGGUGGGUGAGUUAGUCUUGGUAGAUUUCAGGGAGCUGAGUCUUCAGGAGGUCAUCGGUGUUGGUGGUUUUGGGAAAGUGUACCGUGGUACAUGGAGAGGCGGCCUGGUAGCUGUGAAGGCCGCCCGCCAGGACCCGGAUGAGGACAUCAGUGUGACAGCUCAGAAUGUGAGGCAAGAGGCACGUCUGUUCGCCAUGCUCAAUCACCCGAACAUUAUCGCCCUGAAGGGCGUUUGCCUGCAGGAGCCCAACUUGUGCCUCAUCAUGGAGUAUGCCUCAGGUGGGCCGCUUAGCCGGGCGCUGGCAGGCCGUCGAAUCCCGCCUCACAUCUUGGUCAACUGGGCCGUGCAGAUAGCCAAAGGGAUGCUGUAUCUACACAGUGAGGCCAUCGUCCCUGUCAUCCACCGGGAUCUCAAGUCCAACAACAUUCUCCUGGCUCAGCCCAUAGAGAAUGAGUGCAUGGAGGGCUUGACGUUAAAGAUCACCGACUUUGGUCUGGCAAGAGAGUGGCACAAGACCACCAAGAUGAGCACGGCUGGCACCUAUGCCUGGAUGGCCCCAGAGGUCAUCAAGUCCUCCACCUUCUCCAAGGGCAGCGAUGUUUGGAGCUAUGGUGUUCUGUUGUGGGAGCUGUUAACAGGAGAGGCUCCCUACAAGGGAAUUGAUGGACUUGCCGUCGCCUAUGGAGUCGCUGUCAACAAGCUCACAUUGCCCAUCCCUUCCACAUGCCCCGAGCCCUUUGCACUCCUCAUGUCAGAGUGCUGGGACCAAGAUCCCCACUACAGACCCAACUUCAGCUCCAUCCUGGACCAGCUGACGGCACUAGAGCAGCAGGUGAAGGAGGAGAUGCCUCAGGACUCUUUCCACUCCCUGCAGGAGGACUGGAAGCUGGAGAUCCAGGACAUGUUUGAUGAACUCCGGGCCAAAGAAAAAGAACUGCGGUGCCGAGAGGAGGAGCUGAAGAGGGCCGCUCUGGAGCAGAAGUCCCAUGAGGAAUUCUUGAGGCUGCGCGAGCAGCAGCUGGCACAGUGGGAGCAGGAUGUUUUUGAACGAGAGCUCAGCCUCCUCAUCCUCCACCUGAACCAGAAUCAGAACCAGGAGAAACCCAAUGUCAAGAAGAGGAAGGGCACCUUCAAGAAACACAAGCUAAAGUGCAAGAAUGGAGAGAAGAUCAGCAUGCCACAAGAUUUCAUCCAUAAGAUCACAGUACAAGCUUCUCCCGGCCUGGAGAAGAGGCGCAACUCUCCGGAUUUGGGUUCAGGCUCUUCGCCCUCCAUCGGCCCACGUUUCCGUGCAAUCCAGCUAAGUCCCAGUGACAACAACAAAACAUUUGGACUGAGCCCUGUUUGGCCCCUUGACGUGCCUUCAUUCAAACACACCAACGGAGACCUGAGGUUGGGCCCCCACUGGCGCCCCCAGAGCCCUAAGAGUCCUAAAAGUCCCAAAGUUCUGCGUCUUAGUCCUCAGGAAAACAGUCUUUCAAUGAGAGCCAAACUCUUGGAGACGGACAGCAAUGAGAAUGGGGAGUCCAAGGAUGACUUUGAGGAGUACAGGCCCUCCACCCCAACUCCUCCAUCUACACAGAAUGGGACCUCAGUGAAGGACAGCUUGCGGCUUCCUCUACCUCAGGGAGACUCUGGUAGUGAGGAAGGUGGUUACUCCCCGGCUGGCUCUCCCAGGUCAGAGAGAGUCCCCCACCGUGGCCUGGUAAAGAGCACACACCGAGCCCUGCUUAGCAGCGCCUCCCUCCUGGGUUCAAUAGGACUCGGUCGCUGCCUUGAUGUCCCCCCAAGAGUGCCCCCUCGAACUAAUCACCCUUCCCUAGGAGACCGCACGCCUUCCGAACCGGAGAUCUCUUUCCCCAAGCCUCUUCAUUCAGACCCCCCAGUAGUAGAUGACCUCAUCUCCUUCUCACCCUCUGAGCUGCUCCCCAGACCACUCUUGGAUCUAGUUCUGCAGUACCAAGAAGGUAAGCCCUUACCAUUGACUCCACCACCACCCAACCCACGGGAGAGAAGUAGCCACCGGACGCCGCACAGUCCAUGGGGUUCCAGCACCCCCCAGCAACUGGAGCCAGAAUGGAGCUCCAGUUCACAUGCAGCUAAUGGAGAGGUCUGGGCGGAACUGGAACACAGAGCUGAUAGAAGGAGGAGGUCCACUCAAGGCCUGCACUCAUCUCAGCUAGCUUUGGAUCUGCCUUUGUGCCAAGACACACAGGACUCUGACGACAAACCUGCAGCUUCCUAUUCUCUCCACCCUAACCCUGCCCUCUGGAGCCCCAAAACACGCAGGCUGGAGGUCAGUGUUAUUCCCCGGCCUCGCCCGUCACCCAUCCGCCCCCGUAUCGAUCCCUGGAGCUUUAUUUCAGCUGGGAGCUCAAACUCAGGUGUAGGCCGCGGCCCUACCCGCUCAGACAGCAGCCCCUUGGUCUACCAGCCUUCCCCCAACAACCCUUUCUCUAACUGUGACCCCUUCCCAUCGCCAGAUUGUGACCCGUUCGCCCUCAAAGCUGACCCCUCAGUCACCUUUGAUUCGGCAUCAGCCUUUGACCCCUUCUCGACUCCUUUUCCGACCUCCCGAUCAGCACCGUGCUCUACAAACGGCUCGCCAACGUUACCCUCGUUCCGCAUAGCUCCCCUCAACCCAGCCGACUCCACCCUGAUUGACCUGGGCUUGGCAUCUUGCAGCAGGACCGUGGAUGGAACCAAAGAGAGAGCACACCCUCGCCGGACAAUGGGCCUUAAGCCUUUUAAGUCCCCGACGCAGCUCAGAGAUGACAGGUUUUGAAAACUGUGGUCUCAUCUGCGGCCUACGCGCGCCGCUCACUUCAUAUUUUAGAAGUUAAGCUUUUUUUCACAGGAUCACGGGACAGUCUUCACCGCUCUGUCCUACAAUUAAAAGGAAGGGUUGUGCAUCGGAUUGUGGGAGCGUUCCCAGUGAAGCAAAAGCUGGUGCCUUUUUUUUUUUUUUUUUUUUUUACUUUCCUUCGAUCUCUGCCUUGCUCUCUUUGAGGUAGCAGACCUCAGCUCACUAGUCCUAGUCCUGUCUUUAGAUUCUUCUUCGUCUUCUGACUGCUCAGAUCACCUGCGUUUAUCUCCCCUUUUUUUGAAGCAUUGUGACAAUGCAGAUGUAGAUAAGGCAACUUGCACAGCUUCACCUGCCUCUACCUCUCUGCAGACCGAAAGCACACAGGACAAUGAAAAUUUGGAGUGCCUUUAUUUUAUGAAGUGUUCCUAAUAUUUAUCUUUUCCAAGUUCCUUGAACGCAUAAUGUGUAGCAUAGGGAAGAUGCUUUGAAAUUUGGCUUCUGUUUUCAAAACCAACCUAGCAGCAUUGCUGAGGAACAAAUUGUCUGCAUUGGUGUAUGUCUAGACUUACUGUUCAAGGAAAGCUUACUGUUAUUCUGCCCAAGUGAAUUGUGGGAGAAAGCGCUCAGAGUGGAUACACUAGGUUGCUCAUGAAAUCCAAGACAAAACCAUGACCCAUUCAUUCCACUUGGAAGCAGAUAACAUUCCAUUCACAUUCCUCGGGAAAUGCCACGGAUUGAAAAGAUUCAUUUUUUUUGCCAGCAGGGAACAUUUGAUAGCACUGGGAACAAACAGGGGACUGCAUUCCUGUACGUGCCAAAGAAUGCAGUCCAAUUUUUUUUGUUUACUUCACUAAUUGCCAGAUGAGUUGGUUUGCCAACAAAUAUAAGCAUUUACAGAUACUUAAGUAAAUUUGAAUGCUAGUAGUCGGUCUUAACAUCCACUGAUGUCAGUUUACUGACUACUGUUUUUUAAAAAAUGUUUUUCCUUAUUUUUUUACAACUGAAAUUUGAGCCCAAAAGUUAAACUGUAAUUUCUGGUAAUUCCUGGAAAUGCAGUUGACCCCCAUUGCCUUAGUUUACAAAACUGGAAAUUUAUUUAUUUUGACAGCUCAGUGCUUUGGGGAAUUGCCAUCACCAUAUGAAGCUGAAAUGCCAAAAAAAAAAGCAAUCCAGUCGCUUGUGUUUUCUCCUGUCAAGGAGAUUGGCUAUUACUUUUAUUCUUACUUUAUUUUAUUUAUUACUUUAUUUUUUUUACAUUUAAAGGAUAAUAAACUGUUUCCUUCUUUAUAGGCAGCCAAGUGCUGCAUUUUCAAGAUCGUUGGACUAAAACUCAAAACAUUUUAUUGGAUGAAGCAUUUGCGUUUAAUGCGACUUAAUUGGCCAGUUCCCUGCUCCUACAGUGUUUGGCAUAUUCUCCGCCUCUGUCGCCCACAGCGCAGAAGAACAUUGCAGCAGACUUAAAAAAAAAA